AUCACAUGGCCCGAUUUCUAGAUAGUUGGCAUCUUUCCGCAACCAUAUGACCAUUCGAAUAGUGAAACUUGUAUCUGUGCAGCGUGCUCUUCGUCCGGUGGUUUGUUACUGUUGUCGCUAAAUACAUUCUGUAGUGGAUUCUCUACGUUGUUUGUAACGUGUUUGUGCACAACUGGUAUUCAAUUAUUCUUGUUAAUUUCAGGCCUUCUAAACGGAUGGACGACUGUUCGCUGUGUGCGCAAUUCGGAGAACUCUACGGUUUCCAGCCCAUUCUCAUCGAUCCCACCAUGUACAAAUUCACUGCAGACAGUUCCUCCGACGACGAAGCCGGUUCCGUACAGCAUCUUGUACCGGUAUCUAGCUCCAGCACACCGAUCAUCGACGUAAGCAAUACCACCGGUGAAAAGAAGGGCGCUACAACCGGUGGCAGCGAUGACGGUGAUGAAAUCAAAGAGAUGUUGGACAAAGUCCUGGAAGCGGUUCGUCAAACACCUCCCGACAGCAGCAAGAAAGGUGUAUCCAUUUACAGGAUAAAGGAAUAUCUACGCCAGCAGCACCAAGUCAAAAAACCGCAAAUGACCCGACAGCUCAAGCCGGCCAUGGAAGCGGCCUUACACAGGAAACUGCUGAUUAAGGUCAGUGGGACACGUGGCGUGCUGUUGGGUUCGGUGAAGCUGAACCCGGCUCAUGAGGAUCCGGCAAACGAUUCGGAAAGCAGCACGGAAGACGAGGCGCCUGCUGUUGUACCAGAAACCGCGAGGGAAGCCAAAAAGCGCAAGGCCGGUGGAGAAGAAAGCGUUAAGACUUCCAAGGUCACCAAGCGAUUGAAAGUGUAGGGUUGGGAGAGAGAUCUGUUGAUUUUGCUGUUGUUAGCGAUGCUCCAAUCGCUUCCACGUGAAGCUGUUGAGAGUGUUUUUGGGUUGUUUUAUCGAGUUUGUUUGAGUUACAAAUUUGGUUUUUCUUUAGAAAUCAAUAUUGAAAAUUGUUUCAAAGCUCGAAAUUGUGGUAAUAUUAUAAAUUAUAAACUGUUUAAAGUAUAAUGUACCUUGUAAUAAAACAUGGUGUGGGAUAAUUUAUUAAAUUGUAUAAUUUAAUAAUCGACCUUCAUGGGGUAGAGGAGGAGCAAAUAAAAAAUGAGCCAUUAAAUUGAAAAA